UUGUUCAUCAUAGGAAAUACUAUAAUUCUGUUGCUCACACUGGCUGUUGUAGCUAACGCCUUUGUAGCCAAUUUUAAAUGUAGUUCUAGUUCAACAUCUCUGUUGCCCUAUCGCACCUCGAAAAAAGAGGAUUCCUUGACAUUUGACGGAAACAGCCCCCAAAUAGGCCUUAGAAAAUACAGGUCUACACACCUUGAAGCCAGGAAAAAGUAUACUCACGUUCAAGUAACGCUCGAAAGAGAUACACCUAACGUUGGAAAGAAAGGGGAGAUUGUGUACGUGACGCAGAAUUACGCAUUCAACUACCUCGUUCCGUUUGGAUUCGCAAGAUACACAACGAGAUCGGAGUUGGUGGGUCUGGCACUGGAUCGCAACUACAAGGAGUGUCUGCAGAACAUAAGGAGAACGUCGGCGUUGCAGCUUAAGGAAAAGCUGGGAAAGGACCUGGUGCUGGAGUUUGAAGUGCCAUGUUCUAACGCGGACAAGACAAAGCUGAACGCCCCGCUGAGACCAGUGCACAUAAUAAAUAAGCUGAGGAGCAUGAUGCUUCUAGGGCCACUUGACAUGUUGAGGGAGCAGGAUAUCAAAAUACACACAGAGUCAGGGUACAUACUCAAAUACGGAACGUUCAAAGUCACGCUAGUGCUGGACGAAAACAUAGAGUCCUCAAUAAAGGUAAAGGUGCAGGACAUACCAGUGGAUGUGAUAAUCAACAACGAUCAGCUGCAAAUAUAA